AACAGAAAUGGCAAGCCUCACUGUCCCUCUGUCGCUUUGUUUCUGUGCUGUGUUUCUCAGUCCAGCAGUUGCAGACUGGAACAUUCUUCACCAAAACGGGAAACACCACGCUGCAUUGUCGUUGGCCCGAAGUAGGUUGCAGAUCAGCUUGCAGAACUACUGCGAGAGCUGGAGGAUGAACGUGGAGCUCCACAACAUCCGCGACUUCAAGGUCGUCCCCGAAGAGUGCGUCCCCUACAUUGGCAACUACGUGACGUCGGUCCAGUACCAGAUCGACUCGCAGUUGACCGUAGAGGAGUGCAUCGUCUACAUCAGCACCACCUGCAGCUUCAGGAAAGAUGGUAAAGAUGCAUGGCUGUUCGACGUGGACGACACCCUCCUCUCCACCAUCCCCUACUUCAAGCAACACCAGUUUGGGGGGGAGAUGUUCAACGCGACCGCAUUCGAGGAAUGGGCGAGCAAAAGGAAGGCAACACCAUUGGAACACACAAUGAGGCUCUACAAAGUGUUGAAAUCAAUGGGAGUACAGAUCUUCUUGGUCUCUAGCAGAAGUGAGAAUCUCAGAUCAGCCACAACUGACAACCUUGUUGAUGUUGGCUACCAUGGCUGGAAAAGUCUCUUCCUAAGGGGAAAUGAUGAACUGAAUGGUGGGGUGGCGCAGUACAAAGCUAACGUGAGGCAACAAUUGAUCAACGAUGGCUACAGAAUCUGGGGCACAGUUGGAGAUCAGUUCAACAGCUUUGCAGGCCUCCCAAGUGCUGGCAGGACAUUCAAGCUCCCUAAUCCACUCUACUAUGUCUAUUAAUAACACAUCCUAAUAUUCCCUUCCUGCUAAACCAAGGAGAUUUAUCAACAACG